AUGUCGAGCGACUUGAGGUACUCCAGCAGUAUGCGGAGCGCCAGCAGCGGGACGAGCGGUGGCAGCCAGCGCACCGGUCUCAUGACGGCUCGGCUGGCUGGCUACUGGCUGGCUGGCUCGGCUGGUAGCGGGCUGGCUACGCGGGAGCGGGCCCCGGCGGCCGGCGUGCCUGACUGUGCUCGCAGCGCAUUAUGCAACGCAGCUCACCGACCUGCCCUACGUCUAGCCGAGGAUCGCGUCGCACUAAACCGACGCGACGCGCCGCUAUGCCGACCGACCUAG